AUGGCAUGGUCGGGGGACCACUGUGGGAGGCUGUCGUGCCACGGUGGGGUGUUUGUGGGCAGGUGGUCCCGGGUGCAGUGGUGGCAGGAGGGAGCAAGGCCCAGCUGCCGAGCAGGAAAGAGCUUGAACAGACGGUCAAAGGCCACGAGGAAUCAGACGCAGGUGACAGAAUUCAUCCUGCAGGGCUUCUCGGAAGGGCCACAGCUCCAGGUCCUCUACUUCAUCCUCUUCCUCUGCCUCUACGCCGUGGCCCUCUGUGGCAACUCCCUCAUAAUUGUGGCCAUCGCCUUCAGCUCCAGGCUCCACACGCCCAUGUACUUCUUCCUGGCCAACCUGUCUGCACUAGACAUCAUCUGUGCAUGCACUGUGGUGCCCAAGCUGCUCGCGAUCCUGGUGGCAGAGAAGAGAAGCAUCUCCUACAGAGGAUGCGUGGCCCAGAUGUACUUCCUGUCGUGGUCAGUGGCCGGGGAGGUGCUGCUCUUCGCCGCUAUGGCCUCUGACCGUUACGUGGCCAUCUGCCAGCCACUACACUAUAGCUCCAUGAUGGGCCCCGGGGUGUGCGCCGCGCUGGCUGGAGCCGUGUGGGGCAUCAGCGUGCUAGGAGCUGGAGUCAAUGCCUGCCUGAUGUUGCGGCUGAACUUCUGUGGCCCCAACGUGGUUGAUCACUUCUUCUGUGAGAUACCCCCUCUGCUGUUACUCUCCUGCUCCUCCACAUAUGUGAAUGACAUCAUGGCAGUCAUGGCCGACAUCUUCUUUGCCAUGCUGAACUUCCUGCUCACCAUGGUGUCCUAUGGCUUCAUCAUCGCCACCAUCUUGAAGAUUCGCACAGCUGAGGGGAAGCAGCGAGCCUUCUCUACCUGCUCCUCCCAUCUUGCCGUGGUCACCUUGUACUACUCCACCAUCAUCUACACCUAUCUGAGCCCCGGCUCCAGCUACUCCCCCAGGAUGGGCAAGGUGAUGGCUGUACUCUAUUCCACAGUGAGCCCCACCUUGAACCCUCUCAUCUACAGCCUGAAGAACAAGGAUGUCAAGGCAGCCCUCAGGAAAGUUUUUGCAUUUGCGAUAAGAAACGCAUAUUAUUUUAUAAACAGAAUCAGAUCAGUCCCCUGUCCCCUGCCCAGACCCCAGAGGGAUGUCCCCACUUCCUGCCAGCUCCCUUCUCUCCCUCCUGACCCCAGGGACGCACUCCUGCUGCACACCUUCCCCCACCCCCCAGGCCCCGGGGAUAUCCAGCGUGAGGAUGCAGAGGGUGUGGCCAGGGGCGUGGUCGAGUGUGUGAACACGUGGGCCGGUUCCAGCGCCCUCUGCGAGGCGGCGCUCCAGGAGCUGAUUCUUCGGGGCCCCACUCCGACGAUGCAUGCCCGAGACCCACAUGAGCAGGAAGCUGCAGGUGCGGAUCGUGGAAAACGCGCGCCCACACCGGACCACGGUCAAGAGGGGUGUCACUGA